AUGAACGCAGCGGCCACCUGCAGCAAGCGCAAGGAGAGGGACUCGCAUAGGAGCCCUCCCGCUGGUGGCGCCCACCUGGCUGGGGAGAAGAGGGCAAGGAAAAGAAGGCGCACCAGGCACGACCAACCAGAACCUCGGGCCCAUUGUCUGGCCAGCAACAAGUACCUGGCCUUGAGCGUCACUUCGGCCCACCUGCUCCAAGAGGAGUACCGGCAGGGCGCCACCCUCGCGGUGCACGAGCUCCACUACCUAAAGGGCAACAACAAGGAGAAGAAGGAGGAACUCCUUCAACAUCUUGACUACCACUCAGACGGCCCAGCGCCCACCUACAGGCUGGGCGCCCAAUUGGAGCUGUUGGGCUCCAACGGGCCAGCCUUGUGA